AUGUUGGGUCAAAAGGGUGGACAUGAGUCGACAAGCUUUACUAAAAGGGACUUGUCCAACCACCUAGAUAAGGAAAGGAGGCAAAGGGUGCAAAACAGUGAUUCUGUUGCAACAUUAUCUUACUUACAAGCUAAGGCGGACAAUGACCAUCUUUAUUACUUCAAGUUUUCCAAAACAGAUGAUGGUAAUAUGAAAGAUUUGUUUUGGUGUGACGAGGUAAGUCGUCUUGAUUAUAAUGCUUUUAGGGACGUGAUUGUGUUUGACAGUACUUAUAGAAAGAACAAUUUGCAUGAAGCAAUGUUUAACAAAAAUCCCAAAGCGGUGGUUAAAGAUGGUGAUCUUGUAUUGAGACAAGCUAUUAGAGUUGUAUUUCCAAAUACAACGCAUAGACUUUGUGCCUGGUAUAUUCAACAAAAUUUCGUGGAGCAUGUGAAGGACCCUGAUGGUUUGGAUGAUUUCAACUUAUUCAUUUAUGCUACUAUAACCCCAAAGAGGUUUGAUGAGAAGUGGAAGUUAUAUAUUGAGAAAUAUGGUCUUAUAGAUGAUGGGUGGACAAAGAUGAUGGUUGUCAAGGAAUAUAGGCACAAUGAGUUGCGUUCUGAUUUUAAAUCCAUAUACACCGAGCCUGUCAUAACUACAUCUCUUUGUGGCAUUGAGCAUGAGGCUGCAAAAAUUCUUACCAAGAAAGUAUUUAUGAAAGUGAAAUAUGAAAUUCAUGAUGCAUUGGUUAAUGCAAUGAAGCAUGAGGAUGUGAAUGAAUUUCCAACUAGUCUCAUAUGCAGUCAGUGGUUGAAGUUAGCUAAGGCUGAUUAUGUUUACUCAAUUCCAGCUGAUGAUUUUGUAAGUUUUACUGAAGAAAUAUACAAGCUGAUAUCCAAAAUCCAGAAACGCCAUAAUCCCGCUUCAACUAGAAAUAGUACUAUGUUCGAUGUGGGUUAUCCAACAGUUGUGAAGACUAGAGGUCCAUUGCAAAAGAAACAAAAUGCUAAGAAGAAGAGACAUUGUUCUAAUUGUAAGCGAGUUGGGCACACUAUUAGAAAGUGUCCAAGACUAUUUGAUAAGAAUCAAGUGUCUAAUAUUGAUUGA